CCCUAAAAAACGGAGAUUGAAUCUGUAAACAGUAACAAUAUCAACCAAACUGUCUCGAGACAAAUUCAAAUUUCCUUUACAAGUGGAAGGAAUUCUAACGACUUUUACACGUAUAGUGCAGUGUCACACCCCUUCUAGAAAUAUUUGAACCUCCAUACAUGUAUAUGUAUUUGCUUCAGUUGUUUCUCAAUGCAGAGGCUUUGAGUUGUAGUUGAGGUCUGAGUAAUCAAAUCCUUGAGAAAAAAAAAUGUUGGAGGAUGAGCAGAAGGCUAGUAGAGGCAAGGACAUUGACAAUUGGCUCCCGAUCACGUCGUCCCGAGACGCCAAAUGGUGGUAUUCUGCAUUCCACAAUGUGACUGCCAUGGUUGGGUCUGGUGUCCUCGCCCUCCCUUAUGCUAUGGCAGGGCUUGGAUGGGGCCCAGGGGUGGUUAUUCUUAUACUUUCAUGGAUCAUCACUUUGUACACUCUAUGGCAAAUGGUUGAGAUGCAUGAAAUGGUUCCCGGGAAGCGGUUUGAUAGAUACCAUGAGCUAGGACAGCAUGCCUUCGGUGAAAAGCUUGGCCUCUGGGUUGUGGUGCCUCAACAGUUGGUUGUAGAAGUGGGUGUUGACAUUGUGUACAUGGUCACCGGAGGCAAAUCCUUGCAGAAGUUCUACAAUAUUGUUUGUUCUGACUGCCGACGGCUCAGGACCACCUACUUCAUCAUGAUAUUUGCUUCUUGUCACUUUGUCCUCUCCCAUUUGCCCAACUUCAACUCCAUUAGCGGCGUCUCAUUUUCUGCAGCAGCAAUGUCCUUAACUUACUCGACUAUCGCUUGGAUAGGUUCAGCUCAUAAGGGUGUCGUAGCAGAUGUUGACUACAAAUACAAAGAUUCGACCACAACUGGAAAAUUCUUCCACUUCUGUCAUGCCUUGGGUGAAGUAGCAUUUGCCUAUGCUGGUCACAAUGUGGUGUUGGAGAUCCAAGCUACAAUUCCUUCCACCCCUGAGAAGCCUUCCAAGGGACCCAUGUGGAAAGGAGUCAUGUUUGCUUACAUGAUUGUUGCCAUCUGCUACUUCCCUGUUGCUUUAGUUGGGUAUCGGGUGUUUGGGAACAGCGUUGCUGACAAUAUCCUUAUCACACUCGAGAAACCCGGUUGGCUUAUUGCCGCAGCCAACAUUUUUGUUGUCAUCCACGUUGUUGGAAGCUACCAGAUAUAUGCGAUUCCGGUGUUUGACAUGAUGGAAACACUCCUGGUGAAGAAACUGAAAUUCACACCAUGUUUCAGGCUUCGUCUUAUUACCCGCACUUCAUAUGUUGCUUUUACGAUGUUCAUUGCUAUGAUGAUCCCUUUCUUUGGUAGUCUCAUGGCGUUCUUGGGAGGGUUGGCUUUUGCACCCACAACAUACUUUCUCCCCUGCAUCAUGUGGCUUGCUGUUUACAAGCCCAAGAUGUUUAGCUUAUCAUGGUGUUCAAAUUGGAUCUGCAUUGUGCUGGGAGUAGUAUUGAUGAUUUUAGCUCCCAUUGGUGCACUAAGGCAGAUCAUCCUUCAAGCCAAGACCUACAAAUUGUUCUCGUGAUUUUCUUCCCACUGCAGUAAGGAUUGGAUUGACUCGCAAAGAAUUUCAAUAUCAGAUGGUGAUGAUUUUGACUUCAACUAUUCAUUUUAACAUCAAAUUUCAUGAUGUUUCUUCUAGGAACCAACUGCAAAAUUUUGAAUCUCCUUGCUGGGUCUUAUAGUUUCUCUCUGUCGUUUUCAUUUGCUUUUAGAGACCUCUAUUGAAUAUAUGUUUCCAACUUGGCAAAAAUGUCUGGAAUUUCAAUCCUCCCAAUCCUUUAGUACAAAGGGUUAUUGAUCCUAGCUUCUACCAUGCAUUAGUACUAAAAUGGAUUUGAGUAGGGACCACAAUGACGUGCUCACGGAAGGGUUUAGAAUAAAGAUAAACGAGUUUGAGACGAAAUUAGAAAGUUUUAAAAAACCUGGGAUGAAGUUGGGGCUAGUUUAGAUAUGACUUUCUCAUGUCCUUGUUCGCUCCAAUUAUACAUAAUUUUAAAUAAAAAUUAUUUUUGUUUCGUUUACCAACUUUUUUGGCAU